UUUAUUUUUCAAAGUCGUCAGUGUUUUAAUCUCGCUUGUAGGUCAGCGCGGCAGUCGGUCGUGCUGCACGCCAAGAAAUGGUAUGUGGUGUUCUGCCUUUUUUUUGGUGUUAUGAUCCUUACCGUGUUAUAUUUUUUAACCCUGCAUUUUGUGAUUAUUCAGGAGAAUACCCAUGAUACCACCAAGGCAUAAUGACAGAAAUAAUGAAACUAAUAGCUUAAAUUGUUCUGUAAUUCCAGUCUCCAAGUCUCUUAAUGUACUGGGAUUCGGGGACGCUUAGAUGUGAGAAUACAGGGUAUUGAUAUCUGUCACAGAUACGAUAGGAAGGUAAAGAGGAAAAAUCCUAAAAGCGAUGAUGUGUACCUUCGUCUGCUUGUUAAAGCGUACAAAUUUUUGGCACGUAGAACCGGUUCAAAGUUCAACAAAAUAAUUAUGAGGAGACUUUUUAUGAGCAAAAUCAACAAGCCUGCUCUAUCUCUGGCACGCUUGAUGCGAGUAAUGAAAAAAAGUGGGCGUGAAAAUAAAAUUGCUGUUUGUGUUGGAACCAUCACCAACGAUACGAGAAUCCGAGAGUUCCCAAAAAUGAAAGUGUGUGCUCUUCGAGUAACUGCGGCUGCCCGUGAACGGAUUUUGCAUGCUGGUGGAGAAAUAAUCACUUUCGACCGUUUGGCAAUUCUCAGUCCUCUAGGAAAAAAUACAGUGCUUAUUCAGGGACCGAGAAAAGGAAGAACUGCUGUCAAACACUUCGGCCCUGCACCUGGGGCACCAUCAAGCCAUACGCGACCCUACACUAUCUCAAAGGGUCGUAAGUUCGAGAAAGCUAGGGGUCGUCGUGCUAGUCGUGCUUACAAAAAGUAAAAUUGUACAUUAAAAAUAUACACUUGCUUGGAUUCUUUCUGUUUGAGGUUUGUGGUUGGAAUAAAUUAUCGAUAAUGAAGACGAGUGUGUUGCUCAUUUUGGACCAAUAUUAGUCCUAGUAUAUUCCUCUAUGCCUGAAUGGUGAAACAUUCAGUUUCAAAGAAUCCAAACAAGUAUAAAUAAGUACUCUUAGUAAAGAUGUCUAGUUAGAGUAUCAUAAUCAAAUGAAGCUAAAAAUAUUCAUCGACUGAGGUUGUGUGUCAACCUGGGCUGAUGCAAAUUGAAUCGUGUUGUGUUCAUAACUGACAUGGGUUUCACAAAGUCGGCGCUUCCCCAUAGAUUAUCGUUGGUAACGUUUUAGCGGACAAGCAGAUUUAUUUUGGUUUUACUGGUACCGUAAAACCUUGUCUCCUUAAAUGACUAGUGGUGGGUUUGCUUCACUCGAUGCGUCGGAAUGUUAUAUCAUUGUCCCAAACAUCAAUGGGAAUAUUUAAGUAAACAAUACUAAAUGAGUUUGAACUUCAUCCCAUUGUACAAGCACGUGGCUAUUAGGGUCCAGUAGCUAUGUGGAUAAUGCGAUGGUGUUUAAAGCGAACAGUGAACAUCAACUUUAAGAUACAGGUACAUCCAGUUGACUAGUACGGAAUUGGAUAAAACGCACGUCCUGGAUUCCACUGC